AUGUCUGAACAAGAGCGUAUACAGGAAUGCCUGAGGAAGGAAAUAAGGUCACUUCUCAUUUCCACCAAAGAUGGUUUGACCCCACAGCAGUUGGAAAAGGAGUACCUUUUGAUGGUUGGCAACAACUUACCACUCCGAAUCCUUGGGUAUCGGUCCACCAUGGAGCUGGUGCUGGACAUGCCUGAUGUUGUCUAUGUCUGCCCCCGUGGGGAUGGUACUGUAAUACUGAAAGCCAUUCCAGAUGAAUCCACCAAAGGAAUAGCAAGUUUAGUUGCAAAACAGAGGAGCAGCCAUAAGUUUCGAAACUCCAUGCAUAAGGGAAGGGCCAGUGUUUGCUGUGGGCCCAGCUCUCGACGGCGAGUACCUUAUCGAGGAAGGGUACCCCCUAUUCUUCCAGCUGUCGUGAAGAGUGAGUUGAAAGACCUCUUGGCAUUAUCUCCUGUUCUCCUUUCUGAUUUUGAAAAGGCAUUUGUCAGGCGAUUUGGACGAUCAUUCCAGUACGUGCAGUAUGGAUUCCUCUCUAUGUUUGAGGUGCUGAAUGCCGCAUCGGAUGUUAUUUCUGUAGAACAGACCAGGGCAGGUUCUUUGCUGACCCUGAAGAAGAGCAUAUCAGAGGAAAGGCAGAGAGGAUGGCCGGCAGGUAAAAAUUUUAUCCAGCCUUUUAGAAUGAAACAGGGGUCAUAUCCCACAGGCUUCCCAGUAGCAAGGGCACGCUUUUCACAAUCCACUUCAAACAUGAAACUACCGAAGCAAAUAUUCAAUGUGGAAAAGAUGUCUAAGUCAAAUGUAGCGGAGACUUCAAGGCUGAAUCACUCUGAAAAAUUAAACCAGUUGGAAAACACCUUCAAAUCAGUUAUUGCACAAAUUGGACCUGGAGGGACUAUUGAUCCAGAACUAAAACAUAAGAUAAAAUUUGUUGUAUCCAAGUUUCCGGAAGGUUUGCUUAUUUCUAAACUGCUUGGAGAGUUUGAGGUAACUUUUAAAGAGCAACUUUCACCCAAAAAACUGGGCUUCUUAAAUGUGACAGAGCUUGUUGGAGCUCUUAGUGACAUUCUCCGUGUUGAGUUCAGGGAAGGAGAACAAGACUUGCUGGUGUUUGAUGCUGACGUGAAGCCUCUACCACCUGUUCAAUCGGAUGAGAAAACAGAAGCCAAAGCUGGUGUGUCCAGUCCCCCUAGAAGUUCACUGUCUACUGCUGGUAUCAGGGAGACUACAUGGGGCUGCCUUUCAAAAAGCCAUAAAGAGCAGCAGAAGAUCUGCAGGAAGCCUAACCUGGUGGUGAAGCCUUUGCAGCUGCAAGAAGAAAUGAACAAAUCACAGCUCAGCUUGGCAAUGGCAGAUCCUGAUUUCCCACCAGAUGCUGUACGAGACAGGAAGUUAUGCAGGCUGCCGCCACUGGACACCAGUACCCUGGUGGGGGUCUUUGUGGAGUACAUCAUCUCUCCCAGUCAAUUCUACAUCCGGAUCUAUAGCCGGGAUUCAUCAGAGUUACUUGAAGACAUGAUGAUCGAAAUGCGGCGCUGCUAUUCGAAUCAGCUGGUCUCUGAUCGAUACACCAUGCCUGAGCAUUUUAUCCAGCCGGGGCAUCUCUGCUGUGUAAGGAUUUCUGAGGAUAAGUGGUGGUAUCGGGUCGUUAUCCAUCGAGUUCUUGGGAAGCAGGAGGUUGAAGUGUUCUACCCAGACUUCGGAAAUAUUGGAACUGUUCGGACGUCCUCCCUGAGGUUCCUCAAGUGCUGCUACACAAAGCUUCCAGCUCAGGCUAUCCCUUGUUCUUUGGCUUGGGUGAGACCAGUGGAGGAACACUGGACAUCCAGAGCUAUUUUGCAGUUCCAGAAGUUGUGUGGUUUGAAGCCAUUAGUGGGGGUAGUGGAUGAAUAUGUUGAUGGAAUCCUUAAUAUUUUUCUGUGUGAUACAUCCUCAAAUGAAGACAUCUAUUUCCAUCACGUCCUAAGAACAGAGGGCCACGCCAUUGUAUGCCGAGAAAAUGUCCCUUCUAAGGGUUUCAGAGACCUCAACCCUUUAGCUUUAUACACUAAAUCCAGUGCAGGGCCCGAGGACAUUGUCCUGACAGAACUGGGCUGUCCUUCCCAGCAGCACUAUUUUAAUGAAGACCGAGAGAUAAGUCCGCCAUCAAAAGAGAGUGAAUUAUAUACCCUGCAAGAUAUUAAUGAGGUCAGUCACCUUAAAUCAAUCACCUCAAAGGAGCCAUUAAAGGAUUCUGAAUUCUGUUCUUUGAAAACUCAAGAUAAGAGCUGUGAAGACAAUCCAAAGUGGUCUGUCCCGGAGUUAAAGGGUCUGAAGGAAGAAAAUGAGGAUGAGAUCCCUACUGGAAUGCCAUGCCUGGAGUCAGUAACCAUAGGUGAUGAUAUUUGGGAUGAGAACUGGUUACCUUUGCAGUCUGAAAUGGGAAAAGGAAGUGAUGCUGCCUCCCACUUACUUACCUCAAGCUUUGGUGGACAGAAACCAUAUUCGUCAUGUAAAGAAGUGCCACAGAAGGGUUGGUGUUUUUCUGCACCCAGAGGUACCUGGGACGAGUCCUGGCAGCCUUCAGGCCUUGUGAAUGGGCUGGGAGUAGAAGGACUGGGUGCUCAGGAAAGAAACCCUGAAACAGCCAGGGUUCAAAAGCAACCAGACUUAGAGAGCCCCCCGGAGCCCUCCACACUGCCCAAGUUGGAGGGGUUCUGCGUCUCCCUUUUCCAGUCGCAGCAGUCGGCAGAAGGGGGCCAGUUUGAGCCCAGCAGCCUUCAGACUCGACCAAAGCAAGUCCAGCUGUCCCCAGCCGCGCUCCGCUCGGCAUCUGCCGUGGGCGACUCCCCACAGAAGCACUCUGAUUCAGUGGAAAGCUCUCCAGAGCGCCUAAAGAAUGAAGAUUUUUCUAGUAGCCAUGCUAUUACAGUGUUCAAAGGUAAGAGUCAAGGAGCCAUGGACCAGCUGUCUUUGAUUUUGUCUCCCGGACACCAGAUUUCUCAGAAGCUCUACAUUCCUCGAAGUACAGCCACCGCUGCCUUAGGAGCUGCCGCGCGGUUAGCCACAUCCCAGAGCCUCCUACACUGGUACCCCAGUGUGAAAAGGUCGGAAGCAUGAGGGACAGAGGGAAGCAUAAACCAGAUGCUUGGGGCGUGGUGACUUCCCAGGCCUAAAUAAGAAGGAGGUAUUGAGACAAAACAGUAUUUUGAUAGCUGACGCCUUGGUCUUUCUGUGGGACUCUGCUAGCUUUAGCGUGCUCACAGCCCAUUUUGGGGUGUAAGUAUUGCUGUUUAAUGUUAAUUUCCAUUUUUAUUGAUGACGUUUCUUGUUCUGUAUCUUUUUGUUCACCUUUGUUUAAUAUAGUAGUUUAAAGGGGUUUUUAGUUUUUGUGUUGCUAUAAACGUUUUUCCUGUGGAUAUUGUGACUGAUAAAUGUAAACUGGAAAACUAAUGUUUUGUGAUCCAUAUUUAGUAAGACAAAAAUUCUCACGUCCCCAUCUCCAGAAAAAGGAUGUCUGAAUUUUAAGGCUGCUUUUUCAUAUUUGAAAAUUUCUAAACCUUAGAAUCCAGGGCUCCAGUCUGUAUCAUCAGUUAUUUCUUUGAAAUACUCAGAUCAGUAAGAAAAUCCACACCCUGAAGCUUUGUCAUAUGAACACUUUUCCAUUAAGCUGUACUUCAGUGUAGGGAGUUUGUUGAAGACUAACAGCGGAAUUACAGGGGCCAGUUGCUGAGACUUAGCCAAGCCCUCUCUGUAGCCAGCAGAGUCCCCAGGCGCCUGAUGAGGCAGUAGUUAGGCAGUGUCAUUGGUUAAGCAUGUAUGUAACACGAUGUUCUCUGAAAUCCAGUUUACUGUAUGACAUUCUGUUUCAGCUCAGAGUAUAAACCAUCAAAAGGAAAGAAAAGACUGAAGGGAAAUUAAGGCAUGUGGGUGAUACAGAUUUCUCUGUGGUAAAAUGCUAGAAUUAUCCCCAAAUUAAAAAAAAAAUCCAAUACUGAAGCAUUUUUUAGUGGCAGAAUCAGAGAAAGAGGCAUGAGUUGCUGGCACGCUGCACGUGACUGGGUUCUCUCCCUUGUAGCCCCUGUUCUGAGACCUCCUGUUUUGACAUUACAUGGCAGAGCUGGUUCCGAGUUCCUUUCUCUCUUUCUACGAUAAGGAACGUCUCCUCUUUCCUUCUCAAUUACUUAAUCAGCAAAAUGCCCACUGAGGAAGGGAGUGGGAUGAAAGUAAGCAUCAGUGUGCAUUUAAAUAUAGACAGUUACUGGUUGAAAGUACGAUCUUAGAAUGGGGUAAUCGUGAAACAAAGUUAAACCCAAAGCCUCUAACUACUGGGUGUUUUGGUUUAAAAACCUCAGAGAAAACAUGGUUAAUGCAAUAAAAUUUAAAAAUCCAGAUUCACCUUUAAUUCCAGUAUAUCUGUAAGAAUGAUGAUAUACUAAUUGACCCAAAAAAAUGUAAACUGGAAACAUCACUGAUAGUCGACCCAGAAGGAAUUAGUUUCCCAUGUGAGUUGUGAUUUCAUAUCAGACGUCUUUAUUGGAGAAGACAGUUGAAGAGUUGUGUGGAAGGUCAAUGGAUAGUUAAAUGUCACAUGACAGUUAAAUGUCAUGUAUGAUACUCAGUUGUGGUAUGAACUGGAAAAGCUGUUUUUCAUAUAAGUUUAGGUGAUUAUCCACAGAUUGUUUCUAAAGAAGAAAAUUCAUUUUGGCUGAUGCUGCUUCGAAUUAUUUCUUUAAAGAAGAAGCCAAGUCUGAGGAGUAUGCUUCACUUCUCUAGAUGGACGGUCACUGAGUUUGGGGCAGGGUGAGUCUGGCAGAAGCAGUGUUUAAAUACACAGUAGGUCAAACUAUAACCCUCCCCGUAAUAGCAGAAAACUACAGGAGGAGCCUUGCCAAUACUGCGCAACCUGACAGUGACUCAUUUUACACUCAUCCCGUUGGAUGGGGAUUAUGGAAUCACUUGGCUAAGGCUCUUUCAGAGUCCUGUCCAUUUGCAAAUGGCCAGAUAGAGAAUCAUUUAGAGAAACCAUCUCAAAUGAAUGAGUAUCGACCCACUUUGAGAGAAGCGUGUUUAGUAAUGAGUAGUUAACAUCCUGUUUGAAUCAGUAGAGUGAAGAAGGACACUUUGAGAGGCGUGUACAUUUUGACUGCUUGACUUUGACUAGGGCAGCCAAUCUGCCAUCUGUUUCCCUACCUUCUCCCAAAAGGUGGGUUUCGUUUGGUAGUUAACUGAAGUAGCUCAAAGCAUCAAGCAAAUUUAAUAGAUGAUUUGAAAAUGAGUAAAUAAGUUUUUGUGUAUAGGCAGGAAUGCAAUAAGAAAUGUUCAGAAUACAGGGAGAUGCUCUGUGGUUUAGGGUUAAUUGUAUUUAUUGUCAAAGGAUGGGUUGAUAUUUGCUAUGCUUAGAACAGCACCCCCUCACCCCAUUUUUGGUGUGAAGGAUCUGUUAGAAGUAGUGGAGUUUCCUCAAGAAAUGUUGACUGGAAAGUGGGAGCUUGAGGUGUGUGUGAGGGGAUGGGGGUGAGAGCACAUGGUUGUAAACUCCUUAGGGAUGGAAGAGGGAGUGGCUUUACCAUUAGCCUCUCUGGUUUUAACUCCAGUGGCUUGUAGCCAACACCCCUCUCCCAUCUAAAACUACAGCGCGGGAUAUCAAAAGAGUGGGCCAUGCCUUUUCCCUCCAGCCCUCGCACAUUUGAGAUGCCAGUUGCCCAUUUCAAGGCAUGGGGACAGCUGGAGACUUCUGUCUGCAGUCAGGCUGUGUCUAACCUAAAGACUUAGAUUGUAGAAUUUCGAUGUAGAAAGGACCUUAGAUGAGGAAGUUUGGAGCCCGGACAGACUGCUUUGCCUGUGGUCACACAGCUUAAAUUCCUCCAUCUGUGGACUCCUAGCUCGGUGCCCUUUCCACAGGAAGAUAUUGCAGCUCCACCUUGUGUUGUUGAAAUGACUUGAAGCCAGAAGACACAGUUUGGUAGAUAAGUCUAAAAGCAUGAUGGUUCUGUUGUCUGGGCAACCCCUAGUGCUGGUGGGGAGAGGAGUUAAUUUACACAGAUCUCGUAUUCUUGAAUGUGGAAUGCUUCAAUAGCAGUGGGCUGGUUGUACAGCUGAAGAAUCUAAAAGGGGAGCCUUGUGAGGGACAAGAAACUGAAAUCUUAGAGCAGUCUUUCUGAAGCUUCCUGUUAACAUUUGUACUAGACAGCAGGGCCUUUCUAACAAACCUUUGAUACCUUUUCAGAAUUAAAUUCAUCUUAUUUGCAUAUAUAGUACUGCAUUAUUCAUAAUUUUGCAGGAGCCAUCUCUAAGAUGUUUAAAAGAUUUCAUUUCCUAUACCUCCUUCAGAGCUUGGCGUUUUCCCAAGAUGCCAGCCAAGGUGUGUAUCAACUAAAUUUAUCCACAUGCUUUGGUCACAGCCCUUCCUAACAGUUAGGUGUCAUUUGUCUCAUUUAGUCAAUCACCAGUCAGCCUAGUAAGUUUUUGGUGUCAUUAGUCUUUUGGAACCAGAAUGCUUCAAACUCUGCUAUUCUUGACCACGCAGACAGAAAUUGUUUCAACUUCUCAGUUGAGGACUUCCCUAAUACUAGAAUCACCAUUCCAUUGCCACUUUUCACAUGAAAUUGAGUGUUUGAGUGGAGAAUUUAUUCACAGCUAAAUUGUCUUGGUUAUAAGAUUUUGGGAAAUGUUUUUAUCUUUCUGUUUGGUAUAAACUGUUUUUUUUCUGUUAAAAAAUUUUAAGGUAUUUUAAUUUAUGGAGAAAUGGUUAUAGGAAACAAUUUUUACUUGAUUAUUACUUCUUGGUGCAAUUUAGAUAAAUACUUUGAUGAGGACACCAAACUGUGACUCUGCCCUGUAAAGUUUUGUUGUGGACCUGAUGGGAAGUUACUGGAAUCAAAGAAUUAUGAUUAGCCUAAUCUUUGGAGUUUGUAACAGCAUUUUGUUUGAUUUAAGUAUUUAUGAAGUUGGAAUUUGUAUUGUCAAAAAUGUCUUAUGUGGCUUUUUUGUAGUUUUUGUUGUGAUGAUUCUGCUGGAAUCAAAAUUUCACUUAAAUAUGUGAUCCAAAAACUUAAUUGAGUAAAAUACAAAAUUUCCUUGUGUAGUUGUGAAAACAAAGAUUUGAUCUUCUUGACUGAAAUAUUUGUCUUCGUUUUUGG